CUGCCCGUCUGCUAUCGACUCAUUUUUUUUUUUUUUUAUUACCGCAGAUGAAGAUGAAGUUUUGCUAACCCGAGACGCUACUGUGAGCUUGUGGAGAAAAUGGGGGCGUUUUAUUGUUCUAUAUGCAGACAAACGGAUUUCUCCGGAAAAGGUCACAUCUACGGGAAAAGCCACCAGAGCAAGCUGAGAGUAGUCGUGGUGAAGUUUCUGGAGAAGGUAAAAGAAGCACGACGAACCCUCAAAUGUCCGCAGGUGGAGAAAUUCGAUGCCACGCUGCACGAAGCGAACUUUUGGUGUUACUGCUGCGAGGCGGAGGUGCGCAAACACGUGACGGACGGCAGAGUCGCCGUGCUCCACGGAGGACUGCUGGAGCACAUGAGCACUCAGGAGCACCGCAAAAACACCAACGCCUUCUGGUGGAGGAACAAAGCAGACUAUAAACACAAAGACAAGUUCAUCAUCACCGAGCAGGACACUGACCGAUUCAAGGAAGAAGUUGCGAAAGCUCUCAAACACUAUGAAGAGCGAGAGGACACACUUAUUAAAGAAAAAGCCGCAUUAAUCCGGGCGCAGGAGCUACACAGGCUGGAGGUUCUUCAGGCUCUCAUAGAGCCUGAUCCAGAGCUGCAGCCAUCUGCUGAACCGGAGACUCAAAACAACCAGACGUCCUGUAGCAUGGGUUCAGAGCAGGAAGGACGUUCCCUCAGCGUCCUGAACGAACAUGCAGGCCCGAGCCGUGCAGAUCCCUUCCUGCAGAUUCAGUGGGACGAUCCGGAACAAGGCCUCACGUUCAUCGGCCAUCAGGACUGCGCCGACAGUGGAAACGUUCACACCGGAGCGGUGCCUCCGUGGCUGCUGGAGGAUCCUGAAGAUAAGAGUGCGGGUAACUCGCAGGACAUCGGUCCCUCGUUGGAAGAUUUUCUUAAACACAAGGAGCAGCAGAAGCUCAAGAAGCUCCCAGCUAACCGCGUAGGCGCCAACUUCGACCACAGCUCUCACACUGCCGCCGACUGGCUUCCGUCGUUCGGUCGGGUGUGGAACAGCGGCAGACGCUGGCAAUCCAGGCAUCAGUUCAGGCACGAGGAGGCUAAACGUGGCCAGAAGAGAGGGAGAGAGCGUGGAGGAAAGGCAGCCAAGAAGCAGAAACAUCUCACUAACGGGGACGUCUGAUCACUGAACGUACAUAGGAACUCUGCAGCUCGCGCAGGAGGAGCACGAACUCAAUCCAGGUGGUUUCUACAUGCAGUUUGAGUCUGCAGGACACCAUUUAUAACUUUCUCACAUUGAGAAGAACCUGAGAAUUAAUUCCCCGCUAUAGCGCAAUGUCGUUAACAGCAAAGACGCUUAUGAACAGAUUAAUACAGUGUACAUACAAAAACGUACAAAUGUUUUGUUUAAGGAGACUUAACAUUUAUGGAAGUGAGUUUUCCACUACGGACAAACGUCCAGCAUGGAGGGCUUUACUUUUUCCCGCUUUCUCCAAGAUAUAAUGGUUGAGGGGUGGGGGAAUUGGAAUACAGGAGGUUUACAGCUGUUUCAAUAUAUGUGAAAAUUCGAUAACAUUAAACGGCUAAAAAUGUAA